CAAAACAAAAGCCAAAUGCGGACGCAGACGGCUAUAUGCUUUUGGUGCGAGUUUCUGAUCGAAUCUGCCGUAACAGUUUUGCCGACUGGGCGGCCACUGAAAAGCAUCUUUAACACGACCAAAAUCGAGCCCUGGAGCUCGCGUGCUACCGAGGGGAGCUCGCUCCCCCGUUCUCUCGGGCCGCGAAGAGUGGAACCGCGAGGAGGGUGGCUUCCGCCGCGCGGGGGUCCACGUCGGCACAACGCGAGAGCGCGACCGCACGGGUCACCGUUGUACGAUACAUACGCCGCGAUUAAAUGUACAGCUCUAGGUGGGUCAUCAACCGGGUCGCCCCGGCGUCGGGUCCGCCGCUGCGCGGACGGAGACGCCGCGGCGACACGGCUGAGCGACACUGGUGCUUUCUCGUACCUGGCGGAUACACCGGCCGUGACGCACACACCUGUGCGCCGCCACCGCCGCCGCCGCCGUCGCCGCGCCGCCGCUGCGCGACCGUGCAACGCCGUACGUACACAUCAGUGCCGAAUCGGCGGUGCGCGCUGGCUGGUGCAGCGUGAUAGCCUCUCGCGGACGAGAGCGCAUGCGUUCCCACCGUCGGUGGCUCCGCGAUCGGGUUCCCCGUCCGCUCCGCUCGUCGCUCGUCGCGAAAGCGGCGGUCCGCGUCUCCCGCGGCUCCUCUCAGUUCGCCGCCGAUCGCACGCCGUUAUCCCGAUCGGCUCUCUGUGGUCCCGCUUACCUCUCUCGCGCCUCCCGUCAUUCCCGGGCGAACGGCGUCGCGGCGUGCACGUCUCGCGCGCGCGCGCGCGCGGUGCACAGGUGUCCAGAGCCGCGCGGCGGUUUUACGAUAAUACGCUCGGGGUUGUGCACGUCGCCUGCCGCGCGGACGCGGUCUCCCGCGUCGCGCCGAUACACCACCAAGCCGCUGGGGCUUCGUGCCGCACCACGAGCGACGCCGAGGUUCAGAUGAUUCAAGAGCAAAUGGAUGCCUUAGCGGACACUAAGUCGGUCGGCGAGGAGAGGUACGCGCGGGCGAAACAGGAAAAUGCAAUGUUGGAGGCGCGCAUAUUGAUACUCGAGGAAUCAGCCAAAGAUGCGGAAACGAGGGCCGGAGAGAAGCUUCACGACGAGCAGCGGAGAUUUCGAGAAGCGAAGGAACGCGUGGAACGCGAGUGUAACCUGCAGCUGGAGAACUAUAACACCAAGCUAAAGUCGGCGGAGACGGAGAGCACCGGUUUGCGGGAGGAGAUUGUGCGAAUACGCGACCAGCUCAACAAAAUAAGCGAGGAUAAGACGCGGCUCGAGAACGAUCUUCGGGAGGCUAGGAGGGAAGCGGACGCCGCGCGCGAAAGUGAACGUUAUGCGAUAAGCCGAACUAACGAGGCUCAUCACAUGCUCGACGCCAUGAGAGAGGAACUUUCGUUACGGAGCGAGGAUCAGCAGAGGCUCGAGGAACUGGUGCAGCAGGUGGCUCAACUUCAAGCUCGUAACAAAAGCUUGGAAGAAUCUCGGGACGAACUGCAAGCUGCCGUGGCGUUGCAGGCAGGUCGUGAACUUUUAAUGCUGAAUCCUUGUAACAAUAACGCCGAGAAAGGUCCUAGUCUCGCUGUGGAAUUGUUAGCCGGCAUGAAUCCAGACCAGAUAGACGGCCAAGAGGAGUUCAGCGAACCGUGCACAAUGGCUGAAUUAAAACAAGCCCUGAAAGAACAGCAAGAAGUGAACACGCAAUUGAGAACGUACAUCGAUGGCAUACUGCUGAACAUCGUGGAAAAUUAUCCGCAAUUGUUAGAAGUGAAGCAAACGCACUGAAACAUAGCGCGCAUAAUGUAUCAUUAGAUCCUGUUCGAAUACUUUCGAGGUAGUUGUACGUUAACUUUCUUCGUUUGAAUCGAGGAAGAUCGGGGUUGCCUAGAGCUUGGCCGACGUUUAUUCUGUACAUAUAAAUAUUUUAGAAUAUUCAAAUUCUUCGCAAAAGCGCACUUGAAGGUCAAUUUUAACGGAAAGCAAGCUUCGAGACGACAGCUCCCGAACAGGGCGAAACUCUAAGAGACGAUCAGAGGAAGCUUUGCGGAAAAAGAGUCCCAACUUGGAACGUUUUUCCAAGCUUCUUUUGGAGACUCUUACGAUUCCCCUGUCAUCCAAGAACAAAAUCCGUAUCCGAUUGUUCGAUCUCUAGGCAGCAACCGUCUCCGUACAGCUAGAAACGACGCUACCGUAGUCGCAACGUGUUGUGCAACGAUGCAAAAGGGAGAAUACGCGGCUGGUGUCGUCUCUUUGAGACACGCGUCGCACCAUCCGCGGAUGUUUGAGCCGUUUUUUCCACUGCCGUCAAGUUUCGUCGCGCCAGUAUUAUCCGGCAGGAUGGUGAGCGAAUCUCGAUUGCGCCUCUUGGACUCUCCGCACGUCGCCGGCUGGCCUACGCGCUUUCGGUACACGCGAGAUCGUUGAGGUGCUCGUGUACGUUAACGAUCGGUGUACGAUUUACGUUAUCUAAUUGAACCUGUACAUAUAUGUACGCGCGUUCGCGUGCUGUUAUGCGACAACGGAGAUGACGUGACUGCACGAUGUGUCGCGAAAAACUGUGAUGCGUUAGAGUACCUUUUAAUUGAAAAUCUGUGUCUCAGCGACACGCGCCUACGAUCCUACGGGCGGGCCACCUUGUACUCUAGAUCUUUAUACCGAAAGCUAGUAAAAUUGCAAUUAAACGAUAUUAUAUUUUGAUACUCGUCGUUUCGCCUCCUUUCCCGCUCUCCGCAAGCUAGCGACCCUUGCCAUCGGCUUUCGCCGUCCCAGCUCGAGUGUGUAUCUCCUAUCGGAACGUAUCUUUCUGACAACUUGUGAACGAUUUCGAAUUGGGAAUCUCGAAAGACGAGCGUACCAAGCGUUUUGUUACUUCUUCUCGGUAUAAGGGUGAUUUAAAAUUCUCCAUACACAAGAAAUAGUUUUGUAAAUAACUUUGUACACUUGCUGCAAGACCACGAUUGUGCUGUCUCCACUAAGCGAGGAUUUUGUGAGGAGAAUUUUCAACAAGAAAAUGCACCACGUCGUAUUCAUGCGUGCCGGUUGAAUCGGCGGCCUCCGGAUUCCUAGAUUGCUCUUCGAGAUCUUUGAGACUUUAGCUCGCUUAAUUUUCAGCCGCUUGAAAAUAAUGGUGUUCAUACCAGGAGAAGAUACAAAAACACAUUUGAUAAAGGGCAAUUGUGCACAUAACACCAAGUGUUAAUCAACGAGUGCGGAGAGGCGCGUUCGCGUUUUCAAAGCGAUCGCAAUUGCGUGGAGCAUGCGAAAGAAUGAUAUUUGUUAAAAAGAUGAAUAAAGACAGUUUGUUAAAAA